AUGUCCUCCGAACAGCUCAACCAGAAAGUCCAGGAAGCGGUUCAGGUGGAGCUCGAGAAUCGCGAAUACGCCGAAGCUGGAGAUCCGGUGAUGGCAGAAUACGUUAUGGUCUUGCUCAAUGGCAAGGAGCCGGACCCGGUCGAGCACAUGAAGAAGGAGUUGGGAGAACUCGUCGGUCCCGACUUCACCUCAGACUUUGUUGACUGGGUCUUCCAGCGCCGCUACGAGAUCCAGAGCGAGUUGGAUGCGGCAGCCGCACCACCGCCCCCACAGCAAGAGGCGAGGCCCGCAGCCGAGUCCGCACCAUCCGGGCCGAGCAGGAUGUUCGCGUCCGCGGUCGAGGGCACCAAGCGCAAGGCUGAGCCGGAACUGCAGGAGCCAUCAACCCGCCGACGCCUCCCGGAUGGUCCGCUCGGCGCGCCGACUGGACCCCGGUCGAUGCGGGACCGUGAGCUUCUCCCGGAUCGCCCAGAUCGCCGUGAUGACCGCAAUGGUGGCGCCGGCCGCUCGCUGAUGGACCGUCUCGGGCCACAUGGCCAGCGUGGCCCCAUGUCCAUGCGCGGAGGCAUGGAUGGCCGAGGACCCAUGAACGGUGGCCCGAUGGGCCCUCGCGGACCAGGAUUCCAGCGCGGAUUCAACCAGGGCAUGAUGCCCCCAGGUGCCCCGGAGGCAAUGAUGAUGCAGAUGAUGGCCAUGCAGGCCAACAUGCAACAAAUGGCACAGCAGAUGGCGCAGAUGAACGACAAGAACACGCAGCGCCCAACCCGCCCAGCCCGUGGCGCGCCGACCAAGCCACCCUUCGCCGCCAAGACGAGCGCGCCUGCCAAGGCAGCAGCCGGCGCAAUCCCCGAUAGACCCCUCUCGAGCGCACUGUGCAAGUUUGGCGUCGGGUGCACCAAUGCGCGCUGCACAUACUCGCACCCGUCGCCCGUCGCGGACGAGAAGAGCGGCAUGGUGCUGAGCGAAGAGGCGUGUGAGGCCGGCAAGGACUGCAAGGACCCCGAGUGCAUCAAGAGCCACGUCUCUCCGGCAGCUGUCUCCGGCGCCUCCACGGGACCGAGCCGCGUCCUGUGCAAGUUCCAGCACUGUACCAACCCGUCGUGCCAGUACCGCCACGAAGACGCCGAUGGCAACUUUAUCCCGCCACCGGCGCUGAGCAAGAAGGACGCCAAUGUCAACACCGGCACGGAGGAUGAAGGCAGAGAUGACGAGAUUGAGGUCGUCGUCAAGACAGGUCUGGACGCGCCGCUGGACAACUCGCCGCAGGAGCGCCCAUGUCGCUACGCCGAGCGGUGCACGCGCGCCGACUGCAAGUUUACGCACCCUGCAUCGCGGCCGACACCACGCGGCGCCAAGCCCACACGUGGCCGUCCCCGCCCAGAUGGCAUCACUGGAGGGAUGGCUGGUAUGACUCCAAGCAGGAAGUUUGCCGCGCCGGCGGCCGAGAGCCAGCUGAACCCGACCGCGGGCGAGUUCAAGCCCGCCGCCGAGAAGGAGGUCGACGUGUCCAUGUAG